UCAUAAAUCAUAAUUUUAUAAUGUAUUAUUAAUUAAUAUUUAUUUUACCUUUAUAGUAUGAAACAUAAAUACUUAACACUUCAGUUCGUUUUAUUGUCUUGUUGAUUUGUUUAAAUUUAUCAAUUAUUUUAACAUUAUAUGGAUACUAGGCUUUGGGCAAUAGGCAUGUUCUUAAGUAUUCUUGGUUAUCGUUAUUUAUGAUGGGGACAAAGUUUCUUAUGGUUAUAAUCAAAUAUAGUAUUAAUAAGUAAUGUAAUUCAAGUUUGUGUGGUUAGAAACCUACAAUUAUGAUGAAAUUAGUUAAUGAUCCUUGUGGUAUAUUUUGCAUAAUAUUCACAUAUACUUCAAUCAUAUACGCUGACUAUGUAGUGAUACAAUGGGUUGUUUUGCACACCAUGCAAGAUAGCUUAUGGGCUCCAUUUCACAUAGUGCUUUUCAAUACGUUUCUUUUGUUAUUGACAGUAUCACAUUUACGAGCAAUGUUUUCUGAUCCUGGAACUGUACCUCUAUCACAUACUAACGUUUCUUUAUCAGACUUACGGCAAGUGAAAAGAGAAGAUUGGACUAUGUGUACACGAUGUGAAGCAUAUCGACCACCUCGAGCUCAUCACUGUCGAAUUUGUAAGCGCUGUAUUAGACGAAUGGAUCAUCAUUGCCCAUGGAUUAAUAAUUGUGUUGGAGAAAAAAAUCAAAAAUAUUUUGUCCAAUUUCUUUUUUUUGUUUGUAUUAUUUCCGCAUACACUAUCAUGUUAGUUAUCAUGUCAUGGGUACGUGAAUGCCGGCAGUGUAAACUAUAUGAUAUGGAUACAAGACAAACACAAGUCCUACAUUCAGUAAUUUUAAUAAUGGAAAGUGCUCUUUUUGGUAUGUUUGUUAUUGCAAUCUUGUAUGAUCAAAUGGAUGCUAUUUAUAAUGAUCAGACAACAAUAGAACAAACAGUCUAUAAACGUCCAAAUCCAUUACACAGAUAUAUAUUUUCUGUUAUUUGUCGUUGGCCAAAAAUAUCUAGGUCUACAUCUAAAAUCAACAUUCGAUCUGUAUGAUUUGUUUAUUGUUAAUUUACAUAAUUAAUGUAGAGAUUAGUUAAAUUUUUUAAUUUUUAAAUUCAUAUUAGCAAUAGGUACAUUAUGUUAUGUAAAUGAUUCAUUAUGCAAAGCAAUUAAACUCUGUGUUAUUUAAAUUGAUUUAAAACACAAAAUUAUAAAAUAUUUAUAUCUUAAAAUUGUCAAGCAAAACAGAUUGUGUUCGGUUUUAUAAUUUUGUGUUGUUUUUUUUUUUUUACUUAUGUUUAUUAUGGUACAAAUUACAAUUAUAUUUUGUCUUGUACAUAUAUUUUGUAAAUAACAUUCAUGUGGCACUUUCAUGUCAGUCAUAUUCUUAUUCUUCUUAGCUACAUUUCUCUUAUAAUUAAACUUUUUACUAAUUAUUCCCAAAUAUCUCACAAUUCAUUGACUGAUCUUAUUUUAACUGUUAGCUUUUCAAUUUAAAAUGUUAAUGGUAAUUCUUCCCUAAAUUUACUAAUGUACCUUUUCCAUGCACAAAUCACUGUUAAAC